AUGAUGAGUUAGAGAUCGCAAGCCACUUAGCGAGGGAAACAUCGGUUUCCUGUCCUGAAGUGAAGAGGAAGAGAGGGUGGUCUGAACACUCCACUGUCAGCAUGUCGAGUCUUCAGUCUUCUCACACAAAGAAGGGCAAGAGUAGGAAGGGGGGAGUUCUGGAGGACCUUGUGGAGGUGGUGGCCGUGUGCAAACUUACCUGCACGCCGUGACUGCUGCACAUGCUGCGCGUCUAGAAAAUACAAAAAACAGACAUCCACUUAAAGAUGUUGCGAGGAAGACAGGCGCUGGAGUACAGUUUGACAGUAACCCCUCACCUGUACCAGGCAUGAAGAUUAUCAUCAUCCACGGGUCUCCAUCUCAGAUCGAGGCUGCAGUCAAAAGCAUCAGUCAGAUUACUGGCGCUAAGGGAACAAUUUCUGAAGAAGCCCAGAAAUGCUGGAUCCGAUGGGUUGAGGACUGCUUCCCUGAUCUGGAUUCUCGCGCCUACUUCUUACCUCCAGUCAACCCUAACCGCAUAUCGAUGAGCAAACGGCCAUUUGCUGGUAAAUAUACACUGAUCCUUCAAACAGCACCUGGAAAAGCUUCUCAGUCAGCACCUGGACAGUCUGGUCAGUCAGCCCCUGGACAGUCUAGUCAGUCAGCACCUGGACAGUCAGCACCUGGACAGUCUAAUCAGUCAGCACCUGGGCAGUCUGGUCAGUCAGUACCUGGGCAGUCUGGUCAGUCAGUACCUGGGCAGUCUGGUCAGUCAGCACCUGGACAGUCUAGUCAACUAGCACCUGGACAGUCUAGUCAGUCAGCACCUGGACAGUCUAGUCAACUAGCACCUGGACAGUCUAGUCAGUCAGCACCUGGACAGACUGGUCAGUCAGCACCUGGACAGACUGGUCAGACAGCACCUGGACAGUCAGCAUCUGGACAGUCUAGUCAGUCAGCACCAGGACAGCCAGCACCUAGACAGUCUAGUCAAUCAGCACCUGGACAGUCUGGUCAGUCAGCACCUGGACAUAUUAGUCAGUCAGCACCUGGACAGUCUAGUCAGUCAGCACCUGGACAGUCUAGUCAGUCAGCACCUGGACAGUCUAGUCAGUCAGCACCUGGACAGGCUGCUCAGCCCCCAAAGUCAGCAAGUACUGUCACUCAGGCUUCCAUUCCUGAACCUCUUAAGGUUUUUGACAGUGACAUACGAGAUGAUGCAGCCAUGAAGCGGGUUUUAUUUUUCUUACACAGAAUAUCUGAAGAGAAAAAAGAAGUUUUGUUUGGAAUAAGUCAACUUCAAUUCGAACACUACCUGGGUGAACCUUGUUACGCUGCCGCGGCUGCCCACCUACCCCUAGCCUCCAGUCUUCCUCCCCCUCGACCCAGAAACUGGAAACGGGGGGACUUUGAUGUGCUGCUCAUUCACCGACAUUACGGUUUAAUCGUGUGCGAGGUGAAGUCCUUCGGAAGCAUCACUAAGGAACUGAACAUGUCACAGCAGGAUAGAGAUAAUAACAUUAGAAAGAAAGUGAGCCUAGCUGCCUCCCAGUUGGAGAAGGCGGAGGCCAUGUUGUCACACCUCGUGUCUGACAUCGCCCCCGGACUGCGCAUCACCAAGACCAUCGCGGUCCCCAACCUUACAGCUCAUCGAGUACAACAGGCCAUCUCCGGUGACCAACAACUGACACAGGACCUGUGCGGGUGUCUCGGAGCAGCAGAUCCUGACAGCAUCACUGGCCUUUGUCUCUGUUAUGACCAUCUGGACCCCAAGACGCCUCUGGACAGCAGUGAGGACUUGCUGAGGGAACUCGGCAACUGGUGGCAACGGUGUGUGGCUGGGGCUGGACCAGAUGGUCACAUGACCAGUGACGUCUACAAGACAUUGGUAGCUAGAUUCUGUGGUCCGGCGACAACAGUGACUGUGCCAUGUACAUCUCCUCCACGUCUGUGCAUCAAGACCCUGGGUCAGGCCGUGUUCUUGACCGGACAAUGUUACACUGCGGAGAUAACAUUGUUCCCGGAGCAAUUUCAACUUCUCAUCUCAGCCCUCCCAGACUUUAUGUGGCCGGACCGCCAGGUACAGGUAAAACCGUGGUGUUGCUGCUGAUGGCUACAGAGUGGCUGCGGUGUGGUGACGACGUCUACAUUGUCAGUACGGGCUUCCGGAGUCUGUCAACCAGCAGCAUGUUGUGCCACCUGUUGAAGCAGACUCUAAACACACAACAUACCUGCAAGAUUCAUUUGCUAGAAUAUGAUUUUUAUUAUGGUAAAGAUGUGGAGAAGGCCGUCGACGACUUGUCACAGAAGGCGAAGGGAGGGACGUUGUACGUCAUCGCUGAUGAAGUGAGACAUGAUUGCAAGGCAGAAUCUUACUUUCCGACUUUCGGUGAGAAGCUGCUGACACUGGUUCCUAAUCUCCAUCUUUGGGCGGCAAGUUAUUUUCAUGAAUUUGCACCCAAAGGAUGGCAAGUGGAGCUCUUAACCAGACCCCUCCGCUCUCCGCCCACAAUCGUCAGGAAGUCAGGAAGGAUACAGCUUUCUUUUUAAAUACCCAUCUCCGGGGGUACACUGAGCGUGGUGUGCCCGACCACACAGACGGCCCGCCAGUAAAGCGACUGAUUCACGACAAAGAUGAGGGUCACUCGGGUUACUAUCCAGCUGACUGUGUCACGUGCGGUCAGGACAUCGCCAGCUUUCUGCGCAGUCUCCGUGUUGGUGAUCCGGGGAAUGCCAUGACAUCAUCUACGACUGCCGCCUCCACCAAUAGUGGAACAACAACCCCCGGCCUGCAGUGGAGAGACGUGCUGGUCCUGGCUUGGGGGGACGUUGGUGAAAAAUCCAAUAUGGUGACGGCGCUGAGUCAAGCAGGUAUUAAAGUGCGGGUGAUGAAGGAUGAGGACACCGAGGACGUGGCCACGGCCCGCAGUGACGUGGUGUGGGUGGCGAAUGGUCGCCGGGUUCUUGGUCUGGAGAGAAAAGUCGUCGUCUGUUUGGAUUCUGGCAAUUUUGGUUAUUAUGCCCAACUCGACCUCAUGUCCCGGUGUACAUCACAACUUGUGAUUGUCUCCCGUGCUCCAGAGGAGACUGCAACUGUGUUCAUAGCAUAUAGUAAACUGGCUCUAGAAGAGCGUGCUUUAGAGCAAGACAAAAUAAAAUAGGACAAGGACUCGAUGGAAAGAUGGAACGCUUGGGUCUGAGAACAUCAGGGCAAGGGGGCAAGUCAGUGACAACGUCCGUCAGGACUGCCAGAUGUCGUCGUCAAAUCUUAACGCACAACACUAUUAAUUAAGGAGAUUCAGUUUACUCUAACUGACGUCACAACAAGACUCGUCUGCUUCACCAUCUCGGGAAGCUAUCGUGGUUAAUCGGCGGAAGGACACAACGUAAAAUUUCACUGGAAUUUUUCUAUUUUUAUAAACAUCGGCGAAUUUCAAUGACAUUCAAGAGACUUUUCUUAAUGAAUUUCCUGAGAGUUCUAUAUUCCUGGUCAGACCACAUAGCACAGUGGUUGUCACAUAUGAGAUGGAUUGAUCUUCUCUUGCGUACUGCCAUCUUAAUGCCUUUAUGUCAACACAACGGAAAAAAUAAACAUAAGUAUAUAUAUAUAAAUGUGUUGAUAGAAUACAAAAAUGUAAAUGUUAGACCUUCCACUUAAGUCAGUAAAUGUACUUGAAUUUCUGGCCUGCUGAUGGGAGAUAAGGCUUCUGUAGUGACAAUUAUAAUUGUGAGUGACACCAAGUGCAAUACAAGAAUGGUUUUGCCAUGAUUAAUACUGUGAAAUCAAUUUAUGACUUUUACAGAAGCAAGUAGGCUUGCUGACAACGGUGUUACAUUUACUCUGCCUAAUACCUUCCGGACAUUGUGUGGCUGUGUACGAAUGCAUCUGUAUUUGUGUGUGCCUGUGUGUGUGAUCGUGCAUGUGAGACAGGUCUCAUCUGGAAUGACGAUGUCUGUGUACCGUGGGAGUGCAAGCAUCCAUGUGUGCGUGCUCGUGUAUGUGUUUCGGUGUCUAUGCUGGCUCUGCAAGGUGUGGGUCGUGUCUGGUCAAUGUGAACAGUGGCUCUGUAUGUGCGAGAAAGAGGAAUAGAGUGAAUAUACAUUCAUUAGAGGAAGAAAUGUUAGCGGGUGUAUAACUAACAUUGGUAGCAGCAGCGUCUACAUGAGUGUGAGUGUGAUCGGCAUCUGUGGAUAAUGGGCUACCAUCAUCACAUCAAAUUCCUCGUGUACUAUA